AUGGCUCAAUUCAAUGUAAAUGAUUUUUGUGCCUCUCCUUCACUAGACCAACUUAAAACUCAAAAUAUCAAGAAAGAUGAUUGGAAAGCCAUUGCUAGGCACUUUGAAGUGCCAAUUACCUCACAAAUGACUAAGGAGAUACUCAAAAAUGUGGUGAUCGAAUACUUGGUGGGUAAUAACAUCUUGGAGCAAGAAGCUAUAGAGGAGCUUACCCCCAUGUCAGCUUCAAGGAUAACCAAAGCUCCCAUUUCUCCUAUAGAGUACGACAGGAGUAUAGAUAGCCAGUUAGAAAUGGAAAAAUUAAAGCUAGAAUAUCAGUUCAAAAUGCAAGAAAUGCAGUUACAGGAAAGACAGGCAGAAAGAGAACUAAAUGCACAGAAAGAAAGGGAAGAAAGGGAAUUUCAAUUACAAAUGCAGAGAUCUCAAAGGGAAGACAAGGAGUUAGAGAUUCGGGGAUUAACUGCACAGAAUGAGUCAAAGUUCAGACAGGAAGAGAUAGAUUUAAAGAAAAAGCUGUCAGCAUUUAACCCUGCUACUGCCGCGCCUCUAGUUCCCACUUUUGAUGAGUCAGAUGUUGACGGGUCAUUUAAAGCAUUUGAGAGCGUAGCUAGACGUAAUGAAUGGCCUGAUGAUCAGUGGGUAUCUCUCCUUAUCCCAAAACUCGUAGGUAAGGCUUACAGGGUAUACAAUAGUCUUGAUCAGGCUAAUUACGAAGACAUAAAACGUAGUAUUCUAGAUGCUUACUCUAUAACUCCUGAUGGCUACAGACAACAGUUUAGGAAAUACCUAAAGCCAGAUUUCCACACAUAUGUUGAAUUUGCAAGUGAAAAGUUAAGACAAUUAAAGAAAUGGCUCGAUACGACUAACACCAGAGCUCCUAUGUAA